GGCCAGAGGUCGUGGCCGAGCACCAGGGCUUCACUCAGUUCUCUCCUCCUCCAGGCGCCCGCGGCUCAGAGGCGGAGGGCCGACUCCGCAAGAAACUUUUCUCGGGCUAUGAUAGCUCGGUGAGGCCGGCGCGGGAGGUGGGAGACCGCGUCGGGGUUAGCAUUGGUCUCAGCCUAGCGCAAUUAAUCAGCCUGGACGAGAAGGAUGAGGAGAUGAGCACAAAGGUCUACUUAGACCUGGAGUGGACUGACUACAGGCUGAGCUGGGACCCUGAGGAGCAAGAGGGCAUCGAUUCACUCCGCAUCACUGCCGAAUCCGUGUGGCUACCAGACGUGGUGCUCCUAAACAACAACGACGGAAAUUUUGAUGUUGCUCUGGACAUCAGAGUCAUGGUGUCCUCCGACGGCUCCGUGCGCUGGCAGCCCCCGGGCAUCUAUCGCAGCAGCUGCAGCAUCCAGGUCACCUACUUCCCCUUUGACUGGCAGAACUGCACCAUGGUGUUCAGUUCCUAUAGCUAUGACAGCUCAGAAGUCAGUCUGCAGACCGGCUUGGGUCCCGAUGGGCAGGAGCGGCAGGAAGUGCACAUUCAUGAAGGCAACUUUAUUGAGAAUGGUCAAUGGGAGAUUAUUCACAAGCCUUCUCGGCUAAUCCAGCCUCCAGUGGAUCGUAGGGGAGGGGGGGAAAGGCAGCGUGAAGAAGUCACCUUGUACCUCAUCAUUCGCCGGAAGCCUCUCUUUUACCUGGUCAACGUCAUUGCCCCAUGCAUCCUCAUCACUCUUCUGGCCAUCUUCGUCUUCUACCUGCCACCAGAUGCAGGAGAGAAGAUGGGGCUCUCCAUCUUUGCCCUGCUGACCCUUACUGUGUUCCUGCUGCUGCUGGCAGACAAAGUGCCUGAGACCUCCCUGUCUGUCCCCGUCAUUAUCAAAUACCUCAUGUUUACCAUGGUCCUUGUCACCUUCUCAGUCAUCCUUAGCGUCGUAGACCUCAACCUACACCAUCGCUCACCCCACACCCACCAAAUGCCCCUUUGGGUCCAUCAGAUCUUUAUCCACAAACUCCCUCCGUAUCUGGGUCUGAAGAGACCCAAACCUGAGAGAGACCAGAUACCGGAGCCACCUCCUAUACCUCUCAGAGAUUCUCCACGAAGUGGCUGGGGUCGGGGAACAGAUGAAUGUUUCAUCCGCAAGCCACCAAAUGAUGUUGAUAGUCCGCCUGACGAUUCAGGGGACACGGGUUCAUGCCCCGGUCCGGGAAGAUCCCACAUGCCGCGGAGCAGCUGGGCCCGUGAGCCAUGGUCGCUGAGCCUGCGUGUCCGGAGCCUGUGCUCCGGAACGGGAGAGGCCACAACAGUGAGAGGCCCGCGUACCGCAAAAAAAAAAAAAAAAGAAAGAAAAAAAGAACCGUGCAGGCAGAUCAGCCAGAGGAGCCAGAGUUGCAGAGAAGCUGAGACCAACUCAGAAACCUCCAGCUCUCAGGCUGAAGCUCCCGUGCUCACCCUCCGGUAUGAAGGUCUCUGCAGCACUUCUGUGUCUGCUGCUCACAGCAGCUGUCUUCAGCACCCAGGUGCUGGCUCAGCCAGUAAGAAGAUCCCCUUCAAGAAGCUGGACAGCUACACAAGAAUCACCAACAGCCGGUGUCCCCAGGAAGCUGUGAUCUUCAAGACCAAAGCAGACAAGGAGGUCUCUGCUGACCCCAAGCAGAAGUGGGUCCAGAAUUCCAUAAACUCCUGGAUCGAAAGCCCCAAGCCCUGAAGGCUUGAACCUUCGUACCUGGACUGAGAGACAGUCAGAGCCCUGGAAAAUCUUAUUUAUUUCCCCCCACCCUUCCCCAGCUGUAUUAUUUUAUUAUAAUGUCCAAAAAGAGGGUCUUUGUUUAAUAAUUUAAAACACAUAGUUUCUUAAACAAUAAUUAUUUUUAAGUUUUUGAUGUUUUAACUUUAUCUGCCAUAAAUCCUAAUGAAUGUAAAAACACAACAUCUGGUGAUGAGUUUUCCUUUGUGAGCUCCAUUAAGCUCAUGGUAAGAUGGCACUGUUCUCCCUCCUACCUGCCUGUAGUAUCCUGAGGUCCUUCCACUGAUCAUCAGAGUGAACACCUUUGGAUUCUUAGGAAAUCAGUGCUCCUGUAAGUCGGUGUGUGCUAUGUAGUAUUGUGAUGGAAAUUAAUGUUAUUAAAUGACUAUGGUAUUUUCAAAGAAAAAAUCUAUAUAAUUU